AUGCACGUGGCUGCUGUGUAUGGCGCAGUGGUUCUAUCACCCUGGCGCGAUCUGCACACUUACACGCUUGCGCUGUGUGUAGCAUCCUGGCAGCUGGCUUCGUUUGGCAUCACACUGGGUUACCACCGGUUAUGGAGUCACAAGGCGUAUACAGCGCGUCUACCGCUACGGACAGCGCUGGCUUUCAUGGGCUCACUUGGUUUCCAAGGGAGUAUAAAGUGGUGGGUGGUGCGUCAUCGGCUACACCACCGCUUCACCGACGAUCCCGUCCACGAUCCGUACUCUGCGCAGCUGGGGUUGUUCUGGAGUCACUGCGGGUGGAUUUACUACAAACGCGCGUAUCCGCGUAUGAAGAUGAUCGACAAGGGUGACUUGGAGAGCGAUCCCGUAGUCCGAUUCCAGCAUCGCCAUUACAUACCCAUCGCUCUCACCGCCGGUCUCCUCCUGCCCGCCGUGGCGGCUCGGCAGUGGGGCGAUGCGCUCGGCGGAUUCGUGUGGGGUGGUCUGGUCGCACGACUGCUUAUUUGGCACUGCACUUUUAUGAUCAACUCGCUCGCGCACUACAUCGGCGAUCAGCCCUAUAGCGAGGAAAAUAGCAGUCGGGGGACGCUUUUCAUCGCGCUGUGCACGUCGGGCGAGGGCAACCACAAUUUCCACCACGCAUUCCCGCACGAUUAUAGGAACGGACCGGCGCGUGGCGAUUGGGAUCCGAGCGCUUGGGUGCUGCACUUGCUCCACGCACUCACCAACCAGAUCCCGUAUCUGCAUCGCAUCACUGACACAGACUACCUCAAAGCUAAGGCGGGUAUGCUGUCGCUCGAGGCGAGCAGGCUGCAUGAGAGGAUACCUAAGGAGAAUGUUGCGAGAAGCGAGAGCGAGUUGCCCGUGUGGGGUGCUGGUGAGGUGAGAGAAAGGGCGAGGGCUAGCGGAGAACAUGCUGGACAAGGUGGAAAACAGCUACUGCUGCUGAUCGAUGGAUUCAUCGUUGACGCUACGCCUUACGCUGACUCACAUCCUGGUGGACGGGGGAUACUGACGGAGUGGAGUAUCAGCGCGACGGGUAAGCGCAUCAAGGAUUCAACGCGGGCUUUCGAUGGACUGGUUAACAAACACUCAAAAGGAGCCAAAGAGACUAUGCGUGUGUAUCGAGUGGCCAGAUAUGAGGAAUAA